AGUCGCACUAGACGACAGUAUGGGCGAUUUUAUCGCCUUUCAUGAUGUGCUUGGAUAUCUCGUAAUGAUUCUCACAAUCAUCUGCUUUGCCAGCAAGCCAUCACCCAAAUUUCGCGCGAUAUCGCAAAUCUUUGUAUUAUUUACAGUGGUUACUACGGUCCUCCUAUGGCUCAUUUUGCAGUAUUUAAUACUGGGAUUGGCGCUACACAAUGACCGCGCUCGAGCCCUUGGAGAAUACUCGUGGCUAUCGUUCUUUGGGCUUCAAAUGUCCCUCGACAUGAUGAUCUUUCUUUGCGUUGAAUCAGCUUCCAUAUAUUGAUGAGGUCUCUUUCACCUAGACUAAAGAGACGUAAUAGAACUUUGUAUGGUUAAGAUGCGGUCACCGAAGCGAUGAGAGGGACAAUAACGAAAGAUAACUUUCCUAUCAUGCUGUUUCUGAGACUUAAAUGAAGCAUACAAUAUCAUAGUCUGAGAAUAAUCAC